ACCUUAAAUGCAAUAUUCAUAAACCAAACCAAUGUCAAUAUAAACAAACCACAGUUUUCCAAAGGCAAUUUUUUGGCCUGCUUUUUUCAGAAUUAGUUCAAGGGUUUCAGCACUUUUUAAAACGUGGACUCUGUUUACUAAUUAGUGACUUUUGGUGGCCAGGGGGGCUAGCUUUGAGUUCAAGUCUUACCCCGAGCGCUGCGCUCCGAUACUGGUACACAGAUUCAGGCUCAAACAUUCAUUUUUUUUGUUGUUGUUCUAAAAAGACCCCAGAACACUCUAAUGUAGUUGAUGAAGUUGUUUUUUAUAUGCCUGUUGCCUCCCAUCCUUAGGCAUGUGGGCGCAAAGCUGCUUCGGGUCCUUCUGGCAGCAUGUGCAGUCAGAUGACUGAGGUCCUGUGUUAGCAGCUUCAGAUGGAAGGUUGUAAACUCUGAUAUCACCCAGCCUGUCCUCCUUCCCUCAGAGCUGCAUAACCUUGGUCAGGAUGUUUCUAGAACCUAAUCCUGUCAGAGCAGAAAUGCUCACAUUGUUAGCCAACUAUGUGACAAAGGACGAGAAGCAAGGAUGUUAUUUGUUUCUUUGUGCAAUUACAUACUUUAAAGUCAGAGGUGGUUUCUUUUCAGGUUCUUUUAUGGAAGGAGGCUGUCUCAGCCUCUUUCUUCUUUCUUCCUCCCCUCCCCGGCUGCCAGAGAUUGUUUGUUUAUGCUGAAGUCUGCUUGGAAAGGUUACAACAACAUCCAUAGGUUACCGUGGUCUUACAGAAGUGAGGUCAGAGUCCAGCUCAGGACAGGAGAGAGAAACACAUUUCAGACAUUCAGAUUCUGGCCUUCAGUUUCAGUUUGUCUUCAUUUAUGUCUAAAUUUGCAAACAGGAUUUUUGCUGCUUAGCUUAAUUCAUAGAAAGGAAAAUGCUUUCAGACCCUUUCAUGUGGUACUGGCAGAAGGAAAAGAGAGAGCCCUAUGUGAAAUUUAUGGAGGCCAAUUACCCACCUGGGUUCAGUUACGAAGACUUUGGGCCACUGUUCACAGCAGAAUUCUUUGAUCCCAACCAGUGGGCAGAUAUUCUGAAGGCUUCAGGUGCAAAAUAUGUUGUGUUAACUUCAAAGCAUCACGAAGGCUUUACUUUGUGGGGCUCCAAAUAUUCUUGGAACUGGAAUGCUGUUGAUGUGGGACCGAAACGAGAUCUUGUGGCUGAACUAGCAGCAUCAGUUAGAAACAGGACUGACUUGCAUUUUGGGUUGUAUCACUCCCUGUUUGAAUGGUUUAAUCCCCUCUUCCUUGAGGAUGCCACCAAUGUCUUUAAGACAAGCAAGUUUCCAACCAGUAAAUCAUUACCAGAACUCUAUGAAAUUGUGACCAGGUACCAACCAGAAAUAAUUUGGUCUGAUGGGGACGGAAAUGCACCAGAUACGUACUGGAACAGCACCAGUUUCUUGGCUUGGCUGUAUAAUGACAGCCCAGUCCGGGACAUGGUUGUGACCAAUGAUCGCUGGGGAGUUGGCAGCAUCUGUACACAUGGUGGCUUCUACACUUGUAGUGACCGGUAUAACCCCGGCCACCUCCUGCCUCACAAGUGGGAGAACUGUAUGACUAUUGACAAAAGGUCAUGGGGGUACAGGAGGAAUGCACAACUUGACGAUUACCUUGCAAUCGAGGACUUGGUGAAGCAACUUGUAGAAACAGUGUCUUGCGGAGGGAAUCUCCUGAUGAAUAUCGGGCCCACUCACGAUGGUCGCAUCACUGUUGUGUUUGAGGAACGCCUGAGGCAGAUGGGCGCCUGGCUGAAAGUCAAUGGAGAAGCCAUCUAUGGAACGAAACCGUGGAGAGCACAGAACGACACGGUCACACCGGCAGUAUGGUACACUUUCAGCCCUAAAGAGGACAAAGUCAAUGCUGUCUUCCUCAGCUGGCCAGUCUCUGGGACUCUGGAACUUGGUGAGCCACAGGCUAAGCUUGGAGAAACUCAGGUAAAGCUGAUGGGCUACAAGGAACUGCUGAAAUGGGUUGCACUGGGAGAAAAGGGAAUGGUGAUCGCUCUACCUCAACUAACGCCUCAGCAAUUGCCAUGUCAGUGGGGCUGGACUUUGCGACUGACUGCUGUCAGCUGAGCCACAGGCUGCUGGAGCCUUGGGUCGCAAGGGAGGCUGAUGUUUGCCCACUUUCUCAGCACUGGCUUCUAACUCUUGCACUCGCUUGGCUGAGAAACAUCAGCACUUCCACUUUCUUCUGAAAGGUGGGCUGUUAUUAAAGGAUGGAACAGAGUGAACCUCACAUGAAAGCUAGCACUUGAUAGUUGAAGCUCUGCAUAGAAUUUGUUUCUUUGAACUUGUGUGGAAAAACCAAGCAUCUACCUUGACCUCUCUCCUUUUUUUAGCCUGUUUCUUGCCAAGUUACCUGAAAAAUGGGCGGAGGUGGAAAACAGGCACUAACUUUCUCAUGACUUUAAAAAGAACAAAGCUGGGUGAAGCCAGCACUCAAACGUAUGGAAGUUAGAUUUCCUGCACUGAAGGUACACAGCUGAAUUCCACAAAGCUGUACAGUAAAAACUGUCAGUUUUAGAGAAAAACUUUCCAGUAGUGUACAGCAGCUGGCAUUUUCAGCUGAGUAGGGCAAGGUAUCUGCAAGAACAUUCCUCUCAGGGUUAGGAAUUCAUCAAACACAGGGAAGCAAUGCACAUAUACAUCUUCAUUUCUCAUCAUGAAAAUCAUUAACAACAGGAACAGGUAAAAUUAAUUCUGUCCAUUUUGGGGAUACAAGUAAAGUGUGAGGGUUUUUUUGCUGUUUUGUAUAAUUUCACAUGGUUAAACCUGACUCUUGUUUACAGCCCUUGUUUUUACAGUUACCAGGGUGCCUGCUAUGGACUAUUAAACAAAACACAUACUUCAGUGGCUAACUUUUUUUUUAAAAAAAAAGGCAAUCAGGGGUUGCUAGGGAUCCUCAACUUUGGCAGACAGACAACAGUUCAAGCUGAGGGUACAUCACAUCCAACUUGAAAAAUUCCCAAACUCAUCCUGCGUCAGGAGGCGUAGGGACGGACCUGCAGCGUGAAGUUUGCAAAGGGGGAGGUAGAGGACAACAAAAAGCAUGAGUGGUUUCAGUGUAGAGAUCAAAGGUUUAUUUUUCCUGAGUAAUGUUAAUAAGUGCAAAACUAUUACUGUAUAAGUUAACUUUAUCCUUUCAACUCUGUCAAGAUUAUAAGCGAUGGGCCAAAAGAGGUUAUUGCCGUUCCUGCUAGCAAUGUUAAUACACACACAAAUGUUACAUUAAAAUAUUUUAUUACAAUACAGACAGUUGGGCUCAAAAUUAAUACAAAUUAAGAUAAAAUAUUUACAAGAUAAUGUGUACAGCAUAGCUGUUUGAACAGCAUAAACGAGAGAACCUCUAAAAAUCCACAUUCCUUUAGUAUUAGGUAAGAGAGAGCACUCCCCCAGCUUGUUCAAGAGGAACACGCAUCAGUUGGCAAAGGCUUUCUGAAGAAGGAGGGACUCUUUGGAAUAACAUUUGUGAAGGUAAGGGAAACAAAAAAGUUUUCUUUUAUAAAAAGAAAAAUUUGGGAGAAGAAGAAAGAAGCCUUACUUCAACUCUGCUCCCUGGGCUAUUCUUGGAUCACCAUCAUAACUUUUUUCCAAAACUUACACACCCCAGGCAAACAAAUGGGUUUUUAGUAACUCGUCGUGAUAUGGCCACCAGAUGCCUUUCAGUAAAAAAUAAUCAAAUGAAUUAUGGAAGAGUUUAACUACUUUUUUUAAUAGAAAAGUCUUUACAUACAAUGAUUCUUUCAACAAGAGUAUUUUUAACAGGUGCUUGAAACAGAAUUGUAUUACAAGUAUGGGCUUGCUCUUACUUCCUUCAGAAUGUUCUUUCUGCUGGUCUGCUGCUCCUACACCAGUAUAAAAUUAACCCAAGGCUCAUCAGUAGUCACAAGGGAGUUGUUAUAAAUACCCGAUCUCUUCCUAUAAAUGUGCAGUUCAUUUCUCUAGUUGCUGAGGGGUACUAAAAGCUUCAUAAACAUUAGCAGCAAAAUCUUUCACUUGUUCCAUCAUCAACAGGUCCUG